AUGUUCCGGGUCGUAUUUAACCGAGAUCAAUCAUAUGAGACACUAAAACCACCGCCCGCCGGUGAUCGUGUUGUCUUCUUCGCGAUGUGGAAGUCUUUGAGUUCGUAUUUUGAAGUGCUCCGAUUUCAGAGGGGAAGUUGUGUAGGUUUCAACACUCGUAAAGUACCUAAAGCACUGCUAUUAUAUCCCCUAUAUAUAAUUGGGUACAUGAAUAUCAGAUGGCCAAGAGUACUAACACCAACAUACCUAUCUCAGAUCAUCCAGAACCAGAAAAACCCAUUGAAAGCCCUCCAAAUCUUUAAUGAAGCAAGAAACAAAUACCCAAAUUAUCAUCACAAUGGCCCUGUAUAUGCCACCAUGAUCAACAAGCUCAUCAUCACAGAUCGAAUACUUGAUAUGAAACAAGUGAUUAACCAGAUGAAACACGAUUCAUGUGAGUGUCAAGAUUCAGUCUUUUCAGAUGCAAUCAAAGCCUACGCAAAAUCCGGAAUGCUAAAUGAAGCCAUCUCUCUCUUUAAAAAUCUCCAUCACUUCAACUGUGUAAACUGGACACAAUCUUUCAACACCAUCUUGCAGAUAAUGGUGAAUGAAUCCAAAUUCGAAUCAGCUCAUCAUCUUUUCUUGGAGAAUUUCAGCAAAUGGGAAGUGAAAUCAAGAACCCGUUCACUAACUUGGCUAAUUGAUGUUCUCUGUAAAAACAAACGUUCCGAUCUUGCCCUUCAAGUCUUCCAAGAAAUGAAUCAUCAGUACUGUUAUCCAACCAGGGAUACCUAUCAGAUCCUAAUGACAGGAUUAUGUGAAGAUGGAAGAAUUAACGAAGCAAUCCACUUGUUGUACUCUAUGUUCUGGAGAAUUUCCAAAAAGGGUAGUGGUGAAGAUGUUUUAGUGUAUAAAAUCCUGUUAGAUACUUUAUGCUCAUGUGGGCAUGUUGAGGAGGCUGCAGAUCUUUUAAAUAAGGUCCUUAGGAAAGGUCUUAAAGCCCCUAAAAAGAAACGUAUGCCACUUGAUUUCAAUCAGUGUAGGAAUGGUAGAGACAUAGAAAAAGCCAAGAGUCUAAUGAGUGAUGCCCUUAUUAAGGGAGUGAUUCCAAGUUAUGAGAGCUACAACACAAUGAUUGUUGACCUUUAUUCAAAGGGUGAUCUAAAUCUUGCAGAAAAAGUAGUUCAAGAAAUGGAUGACAAUGGAUUUACACCAGGGGUAUUAGUUUAUGAAGCUAAAAUGAUGGCUUUAUGUAGGGCUAAUAUGAUCGAUGAGGCUGAAAAGAUGUGUAGGCAAUUGGGGUGUGUUCCAAAUAAGGAGACUUAUUGCAUAUUGAUAGAUGGAUUAUGUCAUGAUGGGAGUUACAUUGAAGCAAGUGAAGUUUUGGAGAAAAUGUUGGUGAAGUCUUAUUGGCCAAAUAGUGAUACUUUUGGUAUGCUUAUAAGAGGUCUUUGCUUGAUGGGAAGAUCAUAUGAAGCAAUUAUAUGGCUUGAAGAAAUGAUUACCCAAGAAAAGAUGCCUGAUGUUUUCACAUGGAGUUCUCUGGUUGCAUCUGUUAUAUAUGAUACGGUUUUUACCAAGGUUUUUUCUGAAAUAUUGGAGUCUUAA